GGGACAAUGAGCGCAUGAAGUUACCUGCCCGGCGGCGGCGGCGGCAGCGGCGGCGGCGGGACCGAGAGGCGGCGGUGGAGCAGGCUGCGCGCUCGGCGCCGACGGGUGCGCGCCGCGGCUUGGGGGAGAGUUGAGCGCUUUUCCCCCCUCUUUUUUUUUUUUUUUUUUUCCUCUUCUUCUUAAACAAACCACAAACGGAUGUGAGGGAAGGAAGGUGUUUCUUUUACUCCUGAGCCCAGACACCUCACUCUGUUCCGUCUAAGCUUGUUUUGCUGAACACUUUUUUUAAAAAAGGAAAAAGAAAAGGAGUUGCUUGAUGUGAGAGUGAAAUGGACGUAAGAUUUUAUCCACCUCCAGCCCAGCCCGCCGCUGCGCCCGACGCUCCCUGUCUGGGACCUUCUCCCUGCCUGGACCCCUACUAUUGCAACAAGUUUGACGGUGAGAACAUGUAUAUGAGCAUGACAGAGCCGAGCCAGGACUAUGUGCCAGCCAGCCAGUCCUACCCUGGUCCAAGCCUGGAAAGUGAAGACUUCAACAUUCCACCAAUUACUCCUCCUUCCCUCCCAGACCACUCGCUGGUGCACCUGAAUGAAGUUGAGUCUGGUUACCAUUCUCUGUGUCACCCCAUGAACCAUAAUGGCCUGCUACCAUUUCAUCCACAAAACAUGGACCUCCCUGAAAUCACAGUCUCCAAUAUGCUGGGCCAGGAUGGAACACUGCUUUCUAAUUCCAUUUCUGUGAUGCCAGAUAUACGAAACCCAGAAGGAACUCAGUACAGUUCCCAUCCUCAGAUGGCAGCCAUGAGACCAAGGGGCCAGCCUGCAGACAUCAGGCAGCAGCCAGGAAUGAUGCCACAUGGCCAGCUGACUACCAUUAACCAGUCACAGCUAAGUGCUCAACUUGGUUUGAAUAUGGGAGGAAGCAAUGUUCCCCACAACUCGCCAUCUCCGCCUGGAAGCAAGUCUGCAACUCCUUCACCAUCCAGUUCAGUGCAUGAAGAUGAAGGCGAUGAUACCUCUAAGAUCAAUGGUGGAGAGAAGCGGCCUGCCUCUGAUAUGGGGAAAAAACCAAAAACUCCCAAAAAGAAGAAGAAGAAGGAUCCCAAUGAGCCCCAGAAGCCUGUGUCUGCCUAUGCGUUAUUCUUUCGUGAUACUCAGGCCGCCAUCAAGGGCCAAAAUCCAAACGCUACCUUUGGCGAAGUCUCUAAAAUUGUGGCUUCAAUGUGGGAUGGUUUAGGAGAAGAGCAGAAACAGGUCUAUAAAAAGAAAACCGAGGCUGCGAAGAAGGAGUACCUGAAGCAACUCGCAGCAUACAGAGCCAGCCUUGUAUCCAAGAGCUACAGUGAACCUGUUGAUGUGAAGACAUCUCAACCUCCUCAGCUGAUCAAUUCGAAGCCGUCGGUGUUCCAUGGGCCCAGCCAGGCCCACUCGGCCCUGUACCUAAGUUCCCACUAUCACCAACAACCGGGAAUGAAUCCUCACCUAACCGCCAUGCAUCCUAGUCUCCCCAGGAACAUAGCCCCCAAGCCGAAUAACCAAAUGCCAGUGACUGUCUCUAUAGCAAACAUGGCUGUGUCCCCUCCUCCUCCCCUCCAGAUCAGCCCGCCUCUUCACCAGCAUCUCAACAUGCAACAGCACCAGCCGCUCACCAUGCAGCAGCCCCUUGGGAACCAGCUCCCCAUGCAGGUCCAGUCUGCCUUACACUCACCCACCAUGCAGCAAGGAUUUACUCUUCAACCUGACUAUCAGACUAUUAUCAAUCCUACAUCUACAGCUGCACAAGUUGUCACCCAGGCAAUGGAGUAUGUGCGUUCGGGGUGCAGAAAUCCUCCCCCACAGCCGGUGGACUGGAAUAACGACUACUGCAGUAGUGGGGGCAUGCAGAGGGACAAAGCACUGUACCUUACUUGAGAAUCUGAACACCUCUUCUUUCCACUGAGGAAUUCAGGGAAGUGUUUUCACCAUGGAUUGCUUUGUACGGUCAAGGCAGUUCUCCAUUUUAUUAGAAAAUACAAGUUGCUAAGCACUUAGGACCAUUUGAGCUUGUGGGUCACCCACUCUGGAAGAAAUAGUCAUGCUUCUUUAUUAUUUUUUUAAUCCUUUAUGGACAUUGUUUUUCCUCUUCCCUGAAGGAAAUUUGGACCAUUCAGAUUUUAUGUUGGUUUUUUGCUGUGAAGUGCUGCGCUCUAGUAACUGCCUUAGCAACUGUAGAUGUCUCGGAUAAAAGUCCUGGAUUUUCCAUUGGUUUUCAUAAUGGGUGUUUAUAUGAAACUACUAAAGACUUUUUAAAUGGCUUGAUGUAGCAGUCAUAGCAAGUUUGUAAAUAGCAUCUAUGUUACACUCUCCUAGAGUAUAAAAUGUGAAUGUUUUUGUAGCUAAAUUGUAAUUGAAACUGGCUCAUUCCAGUUUAUUGAUUUCACAAUAGGGGUUAAAUUGGCAAACAUUCAUAUUUUUACUUCAUUUUUAAAACAACUGACUAAUAGUUCUAUAUUUUCAAAAUAUUUGAAAAUAAAAAGUAUUCCCAAGUGAUUUUAAUUUAAAAACAAAUUGGCUUUGUCUCAUUGAUCAGACAAAAAGAAACUAGUAUUAAGGGAAGCGCAAACACAUUUAUUUUGUACUGCAGAAAAAUUGCUUUUUUGUAUCACUUUUUGUGUAAUGGUUAGUAAAUGUCAUUUAAGUCCUUUUAUGUAUAAAACUGCCAAAUGCUUACCUGGUAUUUUAUUAGAUGCAGAAACAGAUUGGAAACAGCUAAAUUAUAACCUUUACAUAUGGCUCUGUCUUAUUGUUUCUUCAUACUGUGUCUGUAUUUAAUCUUUUUUUAUGGAACCUGUUGCGCCUAUUUAUGAAAUAAUAAAUAUAGGUGUUUGUAAGUAAAUUUGUUAGUAUUUGAAAGAGGUUUCUUUGAUGUUUUAACUUUUGCUGGCAAAAAAAAAAAAAAUUCACGCUUGGUGUGAAUACUUUAUUAUUUAGUUUUUACAGUAACAUGAAUAAAGCCAAACCUGCUUCUCAUUUAGCAGCAAAUUAAAGUAA